AUGGACAACCCCGGAGCUGUUCUCGCCUCCACAGUGACAGCUCCAGCGGCCUUAGGCUUUGUGCCUGUUGCUGUCCAUUUCAACCUAUUUGGACUGCUUAAUCGCAUUGGGCCAGAAGCAACAGCAACUCAACUCACCGAGGCUUCAAACGCGGAAAGGUCUCAGGAAGAGAAGACUACGUCACCACUAUGUGAGAAUCCGAAGGAUACCAUGUUCGCUAUGGCAGGACUGGGUCUUGUGGAUUUGGUGGGUGAAGAAACAUAUCGAACCAACACCAUCACGGAACAUAUGAAAACGGUUCCUUCGUCGAUACAUGGAAUGUUACACUUUACAUCCGAAGCAUUGUGGGCAGCUGCCUUUUUGAUGCGAAAACUUCGAGACACGAACUUCGACUACCCUUUUCAGGAAAACAAAACCCCAACCCAAUAUGCAUAUAAGCUUCUCGGGGAAGAUGACUAUGCUAACGAGCAUACUUACUCGAUUAUGCAAGACCAAGGCCGGAUGCCCAGUUUCAAUCUUUUCAUGGAGGGAAAAUUUGGCAGUUUCGGAACCAUGCCAGACCGACUGAAAAGUUUUGGAUACGACCUAGAUUCUGUCUUCAAAAGCACUAACAGUGACAUAGCCAUAGUCGACAUCGGUGGAGGGCGAGGUGAAAUGCUGCUCGAAGUGAAGAAAGUGUUUCCGUAUCUCGAAAAGCAGAAUUUGGUACUUCAAGAGUACCAUCCAGAGCUUACCAACGACGAAGAACUAACAAUCACCCAUUGGGACUACAAAGAUGAUUCUCCAGAGCCGGUACAAGGAGCUCUUGUAUAUAGCCUUACGCAUAUUUAUCACAACCUGUCCGAUCUAGAGGCUUUAAGGCUGAUGAAGAAGAUCGCUGGCGCAAUGUCUUAUCAUUCCAGGAUGUUGAUUCACGAAUUUUCGAAAAAUUCGACCUACGGAAAGAUGCAUGCGACCAUGAUUGAGCUAUAUGCAGGAAGGCUCAGAAGCAGUAGAGAAUGGAAGCAAAUGGCGGAAUUAGUUGGACUUGAGGUGACUUUCGAGGCGUAUCCCGUUGCUGGAGAAGGACUCGUUGAGAUGCGAAGGCAAUCGAACUGA